CUUUACAAUAAUAUUUGGCUCAAAAAUUAAAUAAAGCAAAAAACAACCCAUUUUAUAGUUUUCUUUAAAAGGGAAUAAAAUAUAUUAUUAUAAUAAACUCCAUAUUAUAGUUCUUUUAUUUAAAUUAUGAUCUUUUCAGAUCGUGGCAGAAAAAAAACUAAUUUUUUUUCAAAGGAUCCUAUGUCAUAUAGUCCAGAUGGGAAAUAUAUUAAGCAUUUUGAGGUUCCUUCCCCUACCUAAUUUAAGCCAUAUGAUGGAUAAAAGCAAUACUCGUUAGAAAAGAACUAACCAGGAGGUUUAUUUUUUGAUUAGGAUUCUAGGAGAAAAGAGCAUGAUAAAAUGAAAUAAGAAUACUUCGAUUAUUGUUAAUAUAUGAUGUCUUUAGGGAAAUAGCCUAAAUCAUAAUAAUAAUUUCAUAAUGAUAUAAUGAACUUAGCAGCUAGACCCUCAACCAGAGAUUUAAAGCAGGCAAAAUAAAAAUUUUAUGCCUAAGAGCUGCAAAGAUAAAUAGAUGAAAAAAAUCAGCAAAGGUUUGCGAGCUAAGGAGAUAGAAAUCAAGCAAAUUAAAAAUACAUAGAUGUCAAUAAAAACAAUGAAGUUUAAGUAUUUGAUUUAUAGAGUGCAUCUAAUUAAUUUUUAACACCAAUAAAAAAAAUAUAUGGAGGUUCAGGUGACCCAAUUUAUGAUGAAUACGGAAAUAUUAAUGCAAAUAUUAGAGGAAUCAGUGAAUAACUACAUUAGGGUAAUUCAAUAAGCUUCUCGCCUAUGCGGAAUAAUAAUAAAAAUGUAAAGGGAUCAAGAACUACACUUGGAGAAGGGUAUUUCUAAGAGCACAAAAUUUCUAAUUUAAAGUCGUAAUUGAAAAAAUAACAGUAGCUAUAACAUUAAAUGGAACAAGAAGGAAAAAGUAUUAUGGAUAAGAUGUUUGACAGACAAGAGGAGAGAUAACUAAAUAGACUUUAAAGGCAUAAUGAGUAUAUGAAAGAUAUUGAAAGACAAAUGCAAAAUGAUAUAAAUAUAUUUUCUAACAAUCUUACUUAGUAGGAUCGAAUGAUGAAAAUGGCAAAUGAUUACCAUUAUUCACAGUCUGAUAAUAAACCUUAGUAAAAAAGCAUAUUUUAAGAAAUGUCUGACGAAAACUAAGUAAGAAAAAUGAAGAGAGACAUGCAAUUAGAAUAAUAUAACAAUGAUCUCUAAGAAUAAAUAGAGCUAAAAAAGCAAUAAAAGAAGAUGUAAAACGAAAUAGAUAAAAUAAAAGAAAAAAAAGAAGAAGAAAAAUUGUAAAAGGAGAGAGAAGAUUUAAGAAAAUAAAUGGAAAAUGAAACAAAAAAGAGAAAGAAAAUUAUUUAAGAUACUGAUAAUGAGAAUUUAAAAAUUUUAGAAUAAUAAAAAAAGCUAUAAAAAAACUAUUAAAAAUUGUAAGAAAAGCAAAAUCAUCUCAUAAACGAAGCAGUUGAAAUGCAAAAUAAGCUUAAGUAAAAUACAAGCACUCAAAGCAGAAAAAUGUCUCAACCUUUAAUAGAAGUUCCUCCAUUAAAUUCUUUUGAAAGCUAAUAAAAAUGGAAUUAAAAUUAAGGAAAUUAAUCACCAAUUUAUUAAUAAAGCCCAUAAUAAAAUAGUAUUUAAUCUCCAAAAGAAAUUUUUCCAAUUAAUAGCCUUCAAUUUAACUAAUUAAAGUAAAAACCAUCUUAAUACCCUCCAAUAAGUGCUGUUAACCCUGUAUAAAAAUUAUAUGAAAAUUCCUAGAAAUUAAAAGAGGCUUAGUAAAAUUCAUAAAAUGAAGAUUUAUUAAAUUUAAGAUAAGAGUUGCAAAACUAAACUAAAAAAAUCCAAUAAGAUUUGUAAAAAAUGAAAGAAGAUAUGAGUAAUUAGUAAAAAGAAACAGAUAAAAAGUAACUGAAUGCUUUACAAUCUUAAGAGAGAUUAAUAGUAAAUGAAAUAGCUAAAAUAGAAAAUUAGAUUAAAUAGUAAUUAGAAGAUUAAAAAAAAGCUCUACAAUAAUAACAACAACAACAGUAAUAAUUAUCACCUUCAAAGAUUAAUAAUCAAUAUGAAAAAAAAUCUAGAUAAUCGAGCAAAGAUUUUUUGAAAGAAGCUCAGGAUGAUAUGCUAAAGCAACUUCAUGAACAGCAAAAGCAGUUCUUAGAAGAGCAUAAAAGAAGAAUGAGAGAAGAAAAAUAGAAACAUGAUUCUGAAACUUAAAAACACACAACUGAAAAAAUGAUUUAAGAUUUAAGUGUUGAGUUAUAGAAAAAGGAUUUCAAGGAAGAAAUGAGAUAUAAAAUUCUUAAAAACAAGAUAAAAGAUAUGGACAAUGCUUAAAAUAGCAAUGCUCUAUUUUUAAAAACAGCUUUGGCAACUAUGCAAUAAACUCCUAGAACACAAAAUGAAGAAUUUGGUAAUAGGCAAGCUAAACACAAUUUGACUUAUCAUGAGGGAGAUAACGAUUUCAGAAAUUUUCCUAUUCUUGAAUAACAUUUUCAUCAUAAUCCUAAAGAUUAAUAAAAUUAUUACACUCAUAGAUCUUAAUAAUCACCAUAAAGCCCUGGCCUUUCUUAUAACGAUGGAAACAAGACAGAAAGGAAAGAAAAACAGGGAAUUAUCACACAGCAUUUUCAUUAUGAUUAAUUUUAAACACCAAGAAGACCACUAUCAUCUCAAUAAGGAAAAAAGCAUAGCAUCAAAUAAAAUAGCAUGAUUAAUAGCUCGAUACAAACAUAUCCCAUAAAUUACUAAGACUCUGGGUUCUAAGUAGAUUCUAAAAUGUUUGUAAAAGAACUACAGCCUUUACCAGAACCUGUUUGCAGAAAAAAGAGAUCAUGCUCAAGAUAAAAUAUGGCCUAAUCCUAAUUAAGCUAUAAUGGUAGGCCUUCUACAUAAAUUUAUUUACCACAGAUGAAGAGAAGAGAAAGUCUUGAUUUAGGAUAAUAUGAUAAUAUAAAAAAUAAAAUUAAUCGUACAAAGUAUUAAAACUAAAACUUUGAUCAAAGCUAUCCCAAUACAUUGAGUUACAUAGAUUAAUGGAACCAAAAAUAAAUUAAACAGCAAAAUAAUCCAAUAGAUAGCAAUAAUUUAGCAAAUCAAACUAUGAGUGAUUAUUUAAAUAAUACCCUAUUACAAUCAUAGCCUUAAUAUAACAACAAAGAUCAGUAUUCAAAUAAAAAAUAUCCUCAUUCACAAUAUUAAUCUACCAAUUAAAAUAAUCCAAAAUUAAGGUCUUCUUCUCUUUUAACAGAGAGAGACUAACAAUAGACAGAGCCAAAUCCAAACACACUCCUUGAAAAUAGUAAUUUAAUAAAUUAAAAUUUAGACAUUCUUGAUGCUAUUGUUAAAGCGAGUAAUCAUAAUCGGACUAAAUCUUCAUAAAAGAGAUCUGUAAAUAGAUACUAUGCCCUAAAGUAGAAGGAAUUAGAAAAAGAGUAAGAACUAUCCCAAAAUCUUUACUCUCCCUACGAAGGCGAGUCCCCUGAAACAGGAUUAGAUUUAUAUUCGAACAAAUCCCAAUCUCCUUAUUUACCUUAGUUUAGGAAUAGCUAAAAUAGCACACAAGUCAGAACUACUCCUUGGAAUAAUAAGUCUCUUCGAUAAAGUCCUUAAGAUUCUAAACUCGGUUCAGCAGAGCGUGUCAUAGAUAAGCUAGAUGGAGUCCUCAAAGAUAUUAAAUCUGGGAAUUUGCUUUCUAAAAAAGAUGAAAUGUGA